GGACUUGGUUAAAAAAAUCGAUAGAAAAUUCAUAGAAAUUCGACAGAAAAUCUAUAAUCAAUCAAAACGUCGACGCUCAAGAAAAUCUUGUAUUAAAUAUUUGAAUCUAACACUUUCUUUUUUAUUUUUUUUAAGAUCUGCGGUCGGUAGAUAAGGGAGUCAAUCUGUUUCACCAGGAUCUAGGGUAAUAUUAAAUUAUCUCUGUCAUCAAGAUCUAAUUGAUUGAUUAUCUGGAUCAUUAAUUAAUACAUCUGUCAUCGGGAUCUAUGUAAUAGAUAUCCGUCGAAAUUUUCCGCCAUUAUUUGAUAAAUAAAAAAUUCAUUCAGGGCGCGGCUUCAAGACACUAGACUCUGAACAAGUUUGCCAACAAAACAGUUAAAUUGCGUUGCAAAUAUUUUUAUACAAUUACCAGACUAUUAUUUAUUUAUUUAUCAUCGUGUGCUCUGCUCUGCUCAUGUUCAUUACUCUCUACGCUGUAAAGGCUAUUAAAGGUCAUUGUUUUCGACAAAACAAUGAACACAUUGCGCUGUAUCUGAUAUUUUGGUAAUUACAUCAAAUCAUCAAAUUAAAACUCCAAGAUGUCCGAGAGUAAUUCAGCAGUUACGGUGACCGGCAACCCCUACAAAAUCGUCGACUGCUCCAGGGAAAAACGAAAAGGAAUAACUGCCGCUUCACUUGAAGACCUGACCAAUAUUGCCAGGAGUAGACUGUCCCUGCCUACUGAUGCUGAUGUCACGAUUGUUCUAGAGCAAGAUGGUACUGAAGUAGAUGAUGAAGAGUACUUUGCGACGCUGGAAAGAAAUACGAGCUUAAUGGUACUUCAUGGAUCUGAAAAGUGGGCCGCACCCGGCAGCGCAAAGACCGCGACGUCACGUUAUAUUCUCGUUGAUAAUGUUGACAAUGCAGGUCGUACUGAUGAAAGUGCAACCACUCGAGGUAAUUAUCACCGGGCGAUCGAACCACUUGUAUCAACAUUACACAGCGAUCCAACACACAUUUCUCUGCUGGGUGGCAACGACCUAGAAUUACUCAGCGACAUGAAUCCCGAUAGUUUGGCUGACAUAGUGCCUGACCGGAUGUUUCUGGAGCAGCUUAAGGAGGCGUCGGGCAGAUUCUUGGCUGAAAAACGUCAAGCCCAAGAGUCAAUGGCUCUUCUCCAGAUGUACGCAAGCAGCGGGGAGAUGGAGCGGGCGUAGGCAAUGUGGGGGGUGGGCGCCCUCACCAUUGCCAGCAUGUAUCGUGUAAGACGUCGAAUUUUUUAUAAAGGUCGACAGUUUCAGCAAACGAUGAUUUUGUUUUGGAAUUGAUGCCCAACCUCUUAUUAGUAUUAUUGUAAUUAUUAUUAUUAUUAUUAAUACUAAUAAUAAUAAUCGAAAUUACUAUCAAUUAAAAUAAAUUUAUUUGAAAAUUGUGUGUCUUAUCAUAACUUGUGGCUAUUGCGCCGAAUCUGUAAGGAAUUAUUGUUAAACAAUUGUCGGAUUAGAUGUAGAUAUUUAGAUAUAAGUACAUAUAUUUAUUAAAUAAUUGAUUGAUUAAAACUACAAUAGUCAUAGUGGAGUAAUUAAAUAUAAAAAAUAGCUGGUAAUUGAUUAUUUAAUUGAGGUAAUUUUUAGAAUGCAGAUAUAUAUUAUAUUAUAUAUAUAUAUAUAUAUAUAUUAAAAAAAAAAAAAAAUUUUCUCUUGAAUUAUUCUUGAAUGAUCGCUAUGACUAAAUGUCAAAGUGCGCGCACCCUACGGAAUUGUAAAAUUGAGACGCUCAGUAAUAACAAGACACAUUGUGUAAUAUUGCAGCAUUUAAAAUAAAAUGCAAAUUAACGGUUACUUAAUUUUAUGAGAAUGUUAUUUAAAUAAUAACCGCUAAUGUCGGUGGUAGACUUGAUUUGUAAUUGUAAGUUUACUGUAAGUCAGUUUUUAAUAGUAUUGACUUUGUAUUUAUUUUUUUAACGCAGACUUUGGUUUAUUCAAGUCUAUUAUUAUUGCAAAUAAAUAAUCAAGUCUGCGAUAAAAACAUUUUUUGUAAAAUCUGGAAAACUAUUCUCUGUGGGCCAGCCCCAAAACUUCCCGCUGUUUUUGAGUCAAAAAAUGGUUAUUUUGUUGUUCAAAAUGAAUUUUUCAGGUACGAUAUCUUUCCGAUUUGAACCUACUUGGCGGCAAUCGAAAGGGCUUAUCAAGAUCUAAGUCUUGAUGAGCCCUUUCGAUUUCCGCCAAGUAAGUUCAAAUCUGUUGGUUUGUUUCAAAGAUAUUAUACCACAAAAACAAGUUUACACGAACGUCCAACCGGAAAUAGAAUAGCUUUUAAUAUUAAGUUAUAAAAUAAAUAAAAAUACAUUUUUUUUUGUCGAGUACUUGAGGUAAUUAAGCUGAGGUCUCAGGACCUCAAAACUCCAAGAUUUGUUGGAAACUCAAACGAUUUUCGAAAAUUGAACCUAAACCAAUAAUGACUUUUUUUUAAAUUUAAAAUUUUCAAAGCGGGAAAUUUAAAAAUAAAAAUAUUAAUAACUGACAUCCCCCUUAAGAAAAAGAUUGUAAAUGUUUUAAAAAAGUUAGGAAAUGUAUACAUCGCUUGGGUAGGUCCCUCAUGACCUUGAAAGAUUUAAUUAACUCCCAAUACACAAUUAACAAUUGAUAAUAAUUAUAAAAUAUAAAUGUAACUCCGUUGGUCAGUAUGUUGUUGGUUGUACGUAGAUUGUAAUUCGGUGUCUAUUUUAUGUUAAUCAUUAUUAUAAAUAAUGUGCGAGUAAAAAAAUGAAAAAAAAAAAAAAAA